CACACACACAGACACACACAGAAACACAGACACACAGACACACACACACACACACUCUCACAUCCUCAGCCACGAUGAGGACCGGAGCUCUGCUGCUGCUGGUCACGCUGACUCUGUGCGGCAUCACCUCUCUGCACGCGCUCCCGAGGCCGGGCUGCGUCUGCAUCCGGACCCGGUCCUCUCGGGUCCCCCUGGGGGUCGUCAGGAGGAUUCAGCUGAUCCCCGUUUCAGGACUCUGUCGCCGGACUGAAGUCAUAGUCACCAGGAGGAACGGCUCUAAAGUUUGUGUCGACCCGAAGGAAAAGUGGGUCAACGAGCUGCUCAGCAACCUGGCAAAGAAUAAGAAUGAAAACUCCGGCUCGAACUAGACGUCAUCUUCUGACCCCACGGCCGACCUCCUGACCCCAGACAACCUCUGAACCCACGGCUGACCUCUGACCCCACAGACGACCUCUGAACCCACGGCUGACCUCUGACCCCACAGACGACCUCUGAACCCACGGCUGA